CAGAGAGCCACUCUGCCGGUGGAGAACCUCCUCACUCACUCACUCCUUCAUCACUCAGCCCGUCAGCGCGCUCGGUGCGUGGCGCACGGACAGAGCCGCGGCGCGCUGCUCACUGAGAAAUAAACUCGAGCUUGUUGCGCAGGAUCACACCUUCUUUUUAUGAGUAUUAUUGUUAUUACUUUGAAACCGCGGUGUUAAUUUAGAGGAUGCUCGACUCAGCUUGGAGUAGAUGCUGCUUUGUGCUGUUUCUCGUCGCUGCUGUGAGGACGGAGGCAUCCCAGGUGUCCGAGGCGCGUCCCAAAGCCAACUCCAUCAAGCCCUCUUCCCUGGAGGAGACGCCGACCCAGGCAGCGAACCGGUCCGCCCCGGUCACCAGGAAGCAGCGGCUCCUCCCGCAGCAGGUGUAUCCGUGCAGCAAUGACAAGGAGUGCAGCGUUGGCAGCUACUGCCACAGCCCGCAGCAGGCCUCGUCGCGCUGCCUGUCCUGCCGCCGCAGGAAGAAGCGCUGCCACCGGGACGCCAUGUGCUGCCCUGGGAACCGCUGCAGUAACUAUAUUUGCGUGUCCAUCUCUGAGAGCGUGCUGUCGCCUCACAUCUCUGCAAUAGAUAACCCCAACGUGUUGUCCACCAAAGACCACAGCUGGAGGAAGAAAGGGAGGGGCCCGCCUAAGCAUGUGCUAAAGGGUCACGAGGGCGACCCCUGCCUGCGCUCGUCCGACUGCUCGGACGGCUACUGCUGCGCCCGCCACUUCUGGACCAAAAUCUGCAAGCCGGUGCUGCGGCAGGGAGAGGUGUGCACCAAGCAGAGGAAGAAAGGCUCCCACGGCCUGGAGAUCUUCCAGCGCUGCGACUGCGCCAAGGGGCUCUCCUGCAAGGUGUGGAAAGAUGCCACCUCCUCAUCCAAGUCCAGGCUGCACAUGUGCCAGAAGAUCUGAAGCGGAGGCAGUUGCCGUGGGCGCGGAGGCCUCUGUCUCCAUCUGCCACGGAAAGUUUUAAGGGAGAGAAUGGCUUGUGGCUGCACUGAGAGGGAGCAAAAGACAGAGACUAACAGGAGACAGAACGAACUGCUGCUGCGUGGGUUUCAAACCCUGCAAGCGGACAGCGAAUGGAAACGCUCUGAUGUGUUCGCCGUGAGCCGCCGCCACCGCUCUCACGCUCAGGCACGCAUCUUCCAGACACACAGGGAUGGAAGAGCUUUUCACCCUGCUUCAAAAUAAAACACAACAUGUUCAGCGAGCCACAGAGAGAGCCGACGGAUGCUGUGAUAGAUGUGGACUUUGUCAAGGUGGAGACAACUGAUGUAGCAAACUUCUUUUUUUAAGCUAAAAUACAUUAAAACAAAUAUUCAUUACAAGGCUUUCAAAUCAAUAUUUUAAAGUCAUUAUUCCAAUAUUUCUUAAAGGGGCAGUGUUAUGUAAAAUUUACUUUUUAUAAUGUUAUUCCCUCAUCAAACACCAACCUGGAGUUUUAUUCAUUUACAUUUACAUCUUUGAGAAAUCCUUUAAUCUCCACAGUGACCGUUCAGUUGAGUAAAACACCUGGGUGGACCGAGCGACACCUUCGCAGCUCCGCCCCCACGCAGCUCCGCCCCCACGCAGCCCCCCACGCAGCUCCGGCCCCACGCAGCUCCGCCCCCACGCAGCUCCGGCCCCACGCAGCUCCGCCCCCAUGCAGCUCCGCCCCCACGCAGCUCCGCCCCCAUGCAGCUACGCCCCCACGCAGCUCCGCCCCCACGCAGCUCCUUCAGACUAGCCAGCAGGAAUUAGCAAUCAUCUGACGAAACGGCUGACUUAAUGUUGUUAAAGGGUUAACAGAGGAGCCAUGUUGGGAUGACUUCCUGAGGGCGGAGUCUCAGAAAGAGCAGCAGUUCUUAAAGAGGCAGAGCCCCAAUUUCACUGCGCUAAAUUGUGAAACAUUUUUUUUUAAAAAACAUAUUUGAUACAUACAACAUUUGUAUAACAACUGAACAUAUUUAGUGAAUUGUGCUAUAAAAUGACACUGUGUGCCUGAAAACACAUAAUCCUGCCCCUUUUAGGUUUAUCUUUGGAAACUAUUGUUUGUAUCCUUCGAACGGCUUUAGCUGCUUUCAUCCAACGCCACAUUCGCCUAAACCAAAGAAUACAGAACAUUCCCAGUGCAGUUAACGAGUUUCAUCUGCUGCACGAGAGAUAAAGCGUGAUUGUGUUGGCUUUGGAAGCCCUCAUUGAUCUGUCGGAUCCAGCUGCGAUCCGCUGGGAUGACAGUCGUGUGUGAGGUGGAGCUCCGCUGCAGACUCAGCGGUACCGGUACCAGACGGAAAGCCGCUCUGCUUUCCCAAUCACAUUAACGAGACUCGAGGAUAUGAGGAACUUAGGGUUCUUUUCCAUUUGCAAAGCCCGUAGGAAUGGUGACGUGGGGAGAUUGAUUACAUAAAGCUGAUGUGUUCAAAGGGAAUCUGCCGUUUGAUUUCUUUGUUUUGUGGCUCACAGCCUGGUUUGUUGUUCAGCCUCUUAAAUAUGACUGCAUACUUUCUUCUCAUGACAUAUUGUGGAACUUUAAUUUUGUUCUGGAUGUUUUUUUAAACAGCUCUAACCCUAAAACUCAUAGUAUCACUUUAAAACAUACAUCUUGUAAUCAUUCAAUAAGCUCUUUUAUGUAAAUAGACUGGAAGCAAUGUAUUUAAGAAUGGAUGUAUAUCGUGUACAUAUUAAUCCUGAACGCUAUAGCCGACACGGUGGAGUAGAGAAAGAGGAGGGCAGAGAGGAAAAGGCUUGAAUGAUUUUACAGACUGGCUGAAGCUUGUUACAGGUAGAACAAUAAUUUCCAAAUUAUUUUGUGUAAAUGGUGUGUAAAUGGUGUGAAGAUGUAUAUCCCACUAAAAUGAUUUGUGUGAAUAUUGAACGUUGAUUUGUUUUUUUGUGUUUAUAAAAUGAUAAUGGAAGAAUAAAAGGAAUGUAUUUUGUA